AUGCUCUCAUUUUUCCGAAUAUUUUUGAGUGUUGGUAUAAUGAUGAUAUCAUCACACCAAGAAGCAAUCUCAUUUAUUCCACUAACAAAUGCAUUUCUCGAAAAACUUGGAAACGAAACAUUUUAUAAUCGAUUCGCCACACCUACACAAUAUGACGGUAAGAUAUAAACACAUAAUUCAGAAAGACAGGCAUAAAUCCAAAAAAGCUUGAAGCAGGCAGGCUUUCAAUUUAUACAACCAUAUAUUGUUUUUCUUGUUUUUACCUUCUAACAAAGAGCACUUAAUCAUUUCAUUUUUAGAAUAUAUACGUAUUCAUGGAAGAGGUAUGGUAAUUGUGUUACUCUACUACUACUAUACGCUUUUUUAACGUGUAAUUUUUGCUUUUCACAAUUAUGGAUGGUUCUGGGACCAUCCCGCCUUUUUUUCUCAAUCAAAGAUUCACGCUAUAUUUCUAGGCUUUCACACUUGCUAUAUGAAAAAAAAACAGAUUUUUGCUUUUUUUGCACUUUGAUUAUUAACAGGGAAGAUGGAUAUGAUAACAUGUUGUUUUAAUGGUGUUUUGGUGAUUUAUUAAUGUUGUGAAAUUUUUUUGAUUUCAGGUGUUCCCACGAAUGUCACAUUGUCCAUGUUUAUUGAAGGAAUGAGUUCAUUUAGUAAGUUUUGGGCUAUGAAAAAUAUUGUUUGAUGUUUUGACUUUGAAAUCAUAUCCGGAACUUCCGAAUUUUCCCGGAGAAAAACAUCUACAAAUUUUAGUGAUCUUACAAUUUCAAUAUACAUUUUUUAUUCUGAGGCAGAGAUCAUAAAAGUAUUUAUCAAACUUCCUGGUAUAAAUGAUCUUCGGAAAAACAUCCCUUAUAUAAAAACUUAUCGGAAAUUUCAUAUUAACGCUUUAAUCGAGAACAUUUUAAUUGAAUCUCCUAUGAGUCAUACAAAUUUACCCCAUGUGUCUCGAUUUUCAGGUGCUCAAACAAUGGACUAUCAUCUCGACGUAUAUUUUCAAGAAGAAUGGUAUGAUCAUCGUUUAGCUCAUAAUGAUACCGCUCCAAUUUUGGUGCGAGAUCUAGCGGUUUUCAAAAAAAUGUGGCACCCAGAUGUUUAUUUCGCAAAUGCAAGAUCAGCAGCUUUUCAGGUACAUUGUUUUUUUCCAAAUACAUAAACUUUACCCAAACUAAAAAAAAAUAAAAAUAUGCAAAUUUUAUUUAUUUUGCCUCCAGGACAUCACCGACGACAACUUUCUAGUUUGGAUUUUUCCGGAUGGCCGAGUUUGGUAUGACGCGAGAAUUUCAAUUGUGAGUUGAGUUGAAAGAUUUCUUUAUGUUUUGUAAAAAUAACAGAAACUAAAAAAAGAAAACAAAAGAAUUGUUUUGUUAGGUAAGCUCAUGUAAUAUGGAUUUGUGGAAGUAUCCUUUGGACUCGCAAGAAUGCGCUUUACGAAUAUUGUCAUAUGCAUAUCCAAUCACUGUUCUACGUCUACUUUGGUCGACCAAAGAUAAUUUGCCAGCGAUUGAUCGAAAUCCGGAUAUUACAAUGCCUGAUAUGACAUUGAAAAAUAUUAAAACUGGAUAUUGUAAUGGAACAUAUGCUACUGGUAAAUCACGGGAAAGAUUGGGAGUUCUAACAAGCAUACACAUGAUUUGAAAAAAUAAAAAGAAAAGCUUCGUAGCCCCAAAACUACUAAUAAGCGUCUACUGAGUUUUUUAUACAUGUCUAAAAUUCCAUAAGCUGACCUUUAUCUGUGACCUUAGGAAUACUUUAUCAGUUGCUUGUUGUCGUUAAAAAAACUGAUCCACAUAUUUCCAGGAGAAUGGAGUUGUAUGACAGUAAUUUUCUAUGUUGAACGAGAAAUGAUGCAUCAUGUUAUGCAAACCUAUGUCCCAACUGCUCUAAUAGUUGUAAUCUCCUGGUUCAAUUUCUGGCUAGAAAUUGAUUCAGCUCCGGCAAGAGUUUCUUUGAGUAUCACUACACUUUUGACAAUCUCUACACAAGCAAACGCAGUGAAAUUGGCACUUCCAGAAGUUAGUUAUAUGAAAGCUAUUGAUGUUUGGAUGGGUUCUUGUAUGGUGAGUUUAGAAUCAAAACCUUUUAUUUUCAAAAAAACAAUUAUUUCAGGCAUUUGUAUUCGGAGUAAUGAUCGAGUUUACAAUUUGUCAUUAUGCAAAAAAUCUGGAAUUAUUACGAGGAGAUGCUCAACCAUCAUUGAUUGUCGACACAGCUUUGUCAACGCUUUUUGGAGCCGCAAGGGAUAUUGAUGAUCUGGUGCGAAAAGUGGCAUCGCUUGUAUGUUGCUUGUAGUUCACUGCACACUAACUUUUUUUAUUUUUACAAAAUUUCAAUUUUUUAUCAACUUUUUUCAACAGAUUUUCAGAAUAUUAUAAUUUAAUAGUAAGAUAGGAACGGCUUCGUGUUUUUUUUUCAAUUAUUCACACUAAUUUCUGUUGCUAACACAUUAGUUUAUUCGUUCUUAUUUGUUGCUUUUCAGGUAGAAGAGACUGAAUGGGUUUGUUCUCCUUUCACUUUACAAAAAUCAAGCAUCCUCUUACGUUUCCCCUAUGCAUGAUUUUUUGAGCGCUUCUUAUUAUGUUCAAAAAUUCAGUUAUUUGAAAAUAAUAAUUCAAAAAAUUUUAGAAUGAAGAAGAGGUUGCGAUGCGACCAGAUGGUGAUCAUAUUGCUUUGAAUAUUCUAAAUCCAGAAGAGCCCAGAUUAAGAUCCCUUAAUCAUCAAGGAAAUGAUAUCACAGCAAAUGGCACUAGGUAAGCCACAAAAAAAUACCCCGAGAAAAUUAGCAGCGAGAAACAAAAGCAAAAAGUUAUCUGCAGGAAGUGGGAUUCGAACCCACGCACCCAUACGAGUACCAGAACACCCAGUGUACCUCGAACUCACGAGGCAAGCGAAUUGCACGCUUGAGUCUGGCGCCUUAGACCGCUCGGCCAUCCCUGCAUGUUUUGAGAUGCUAGUAAAAUCUCUAUAGGAAAUGGGGAAAAAUGAGAGUGAGAGAAAAGGAAAGAAAAAAGUACAAAGAACAUUUUUUGAGAGUUUGUUCCUAGCAAGCAUAAUUUAAAUUGAGAUUUCCUUGCAGGUAUUUCGUUGGUGCAGAUCGAAUGAAACGUAAACGAUCAAAAGCAUCACUUUCACGUCUCAGACAACAGGUAGCAAGCAUGCGUCACGCCGUGAGUUUUUCGCUUUUUUGCCGAUUUUUUCAGGCUUUUAUCAGGGCUGAUAAUUUUGAACACUUAUUCAUUAAGUUUGUUUUCGAAAAUUUUUUGUUAUGAAAAGCAUGGGUUUUUUUCUCGGUUACGAUUUUAAAACAGGUUUAUUUACUGGUUGAGAAACAUCAAGAUUCACAGUUCCAAUACACAUAUUAUUAAUUAUUUCAGACUGUUGACGUAUCUCGACGAGCUUUUAAUUGGACUCGAGCACUUCGAAAUUUACGUGGUCGACGUGUUGCACAACGGAUUGAUGAAAGGUAUUUGAACUUUCUUAAAACAUCAGUGAUAAAUCUAUAAAUUCCAGAUGUCGAAUCGUUUUCCCACUGGUCUUCUGUUUAUUCAACCUUGCUUAUUGGAGUUUUUAUCUUUUGAUAAAUUAA